UAAGCAACAUGAUAUAGGGAAGACCAUGGCUACAAAUUACAGUGCUAAUCAGUAUCAGAGUGCCUUCACUUCCUACAAACUGCAAAACUGGAGUAUCCCCAAAGCAUACAAGGAGCGUCCCUCUACCCAUGAUGGUCACACACAGUUCAUAACCAACGAUAGAGGUCAUCUACUGCCUGGAGUCCCAAAAUCAAAAGCCAGUCCAUGGGGAACAUUCAUUGGGACCUGGGAUAUACCCUUGAAAAUCCCACCUUCCAAACUUAACUUGACUUCCCGCUCUGCAAAUGCUUCUAAACGACUUGUAAACUGGAUCCAGAGUGCAACUCCUCUCAUUAGCGCUUGUAAUGGUCUGCAACCUCAAAUAACUGGCAAGGUAUCUCAAAGUGCAGACAACAUGGAAGAUAACCCUGUAAUCCACAAACCUAGUAAGAGUAUCAGUCAAGAGGAUAAUCAUUUUUUAGAAGGAAAUGCCGGGAGAAACUCACAAGAACCUCAGGCUGAGAGUCGACUAGGAACAUGUAAAGAGUUCCCAGAGAAGAUAUAG